CAAGCCGCGCCGGACCUGGGCCUGAAAUCUCCAUCAGCAACCGUACGGUAAGCACUCUUCGACCUUGCUCUCCACAUCCGCUGCUGGCACGGUACAGCUACCCAUCAUUUCUUCUUUCAAGCGCCCAUCAGCGUCUCUCGCACUCAUCGAUUCUCGAAUCCAACAAUGGCAAAAGGAUGGCUCAACCUUGAAACCGCUACAAGUACCCUACCUGAGACACAGUUCUUCGAAGGAGACUCGGCGUUCAAGUUUUUAGGGCUAUCGAGGACAACGAGGUUGUAUGGUUUCAUAGGAUGUUUAGUGGUUGGUUUUGUGCUUAGUCUGCUGGGGUCGAUAUUGCUGUUCAUCGGGCAGCUGGGUAUAUUCGCAGUCCUCUAUGUUAUGGGAACGAUUGUGUCUCUCGUCGGCACGGGGUUCUUGAUUGGGUUUUUCAAGCAACUCAAGCUUAUGUUCAAGCCUGUUCGUGUUAUCGCAACUUUCGUGUUCCUGGGAUCCAUUGUAUUGGUAUUUAUCGCUGCAUUCGUGCUGGAUAACGAUAUUCUUUGCCUAAUAUUCGUUAUCAUCGAGUACCUGGCAUAUACAUGGUAUACGCUGUCGUACAUCCCCUAUGCCCGUGCCGCAGUCACGAAAGCUGUCGGACUGGGUUAACUGACUAUUUACACUGCAAUCUCUCAUUCGGGACUGUAUUAUUUUUCGUCGCUCAAAUAUUGUGUCCACAACUACUUAUUCUCCCGGUUG